AUGGCCACGUCUCGUACUCUUUUGGCUUUCCAACAUGAUGCUAGUCUUGACACACUUCAGACGAGCGUGAUAUCUGUCAACACUUUCCAUUCUCUCGAAGAAUCCAACCGUCAACUUUUCAAAGAUGCUGACGAAAGACACCAUGUUGUUGUCACCGAGAAAACCAUCUUCCACCCUCAAGGCGGUGGCCAGCCCUCAGAUGUAGGCAUGAUGAAAGGCCCCUCUGGCAGCUUCACUGUCACAGCCGUUCGCAUGGAUGCUGCGGGGCAGGUGCUCCACCUUGGCCUUUUCAAUGACGGCUCAAUUUCGCAAGGAGAGUCAAUUGAGCAAACAAUUGACGCCGAGAAGCGCCUGCUCUACUCCCGUCUGCAUACCGCCGGUCAUGUACUAGGCUCAGCCGUCCGAUAUCUGCUAGAAAAGGAGAUUGAGAACUUUGACGAGCUGAAAGCCUCUCACUUCCCCGACUCCGCGGCAUGUGAGUUCCAAGGCUCGAUCGAAGGAAAGUGGAAAGACCCCAUCCAGAGCAAACUGGAUGAGUUCAUCGCUGCCAAGAUGCCAGUCCAGAUUGAGUGGUGGGAUGAAGAUGAUUUCCGCUCCCGUGGGCUGGAGCGAUUGAUCCCUGAUCGCAGUCUGGUACCUGCUGGUGAGAAAUCUCGUGUUGUGAACAUUGUUGGCGCUGAAGUGUAUCCCUGUGGUGGCACGCACGUCGAUACGACAGAUUUAUGUGGACCUGUUGCUGUGAAGAAAAUCUCGAGGAAAACCGGAAAUUCUAGAGUCAGCUAUGUGGUCAAAUAG